AAAAAAAAAAAAAACUUUACAUGUAAAUAAGUGAUGCGUGGUGACGUCACACACUCAGCCCGCAGGUAACGUGUAGUCGGCCCUACACCGAAGAGCACGCGCCGGCGGUCUGAGAGCGGCGCGUGCACCCUACUGUUACACACUGCGUAUCAUUCCGCCUCUUCCCGCCUCUGUCUCCGCCCGAAAAAGACAGACCGUGUUCUGUGUCAGUCUGGAGCCGGUUCUGCUGGAGCUGCUCUCUCUGUGGUCCUGGUCCGGUUCCGGUCUUCGUUUGUAGUCCCGCUGCGUUUUUUUUCCUUCUGCUUCUCCAGGUCCUCCCCACCUACUCGGUCGUGAUGGACUGGACGGUCCCGGUACUGGUGUCGCUGCUCUGGGUUCGGUACUCAGCUGGAGUUCCAGGCGAAGCAGAGGUUCAAGUGAUUGAUGUGCUGAGUCUCCAGGACUCCAGGCAGAGCGUAGCAGCGUUGGAGAAGCUGUCGGCCGGUCUCGAUGUGCUCAGUGACCUGUAUGUGAUGUCCAUGCUGCGGCUGCCGGCGAAACUGGGGGGAGUUUUGUUGGGCUUUUACAGCAAACAGGACAACAGAAAGUACCUGGAACUGGCCGUGAUGGGCAAGAUCAAUAAAAUCCUGGUUCGUUAUGUCAAAGCUGACGGAAAGCUCCACACCGUCAACCUGCAGAACGCCAACGUGGCCGACGGACGAACCCACUCCAUCAUCCUGAGGCUGGGCGGUCUGCAGCGGCAACAUGCCCACAUGGAGCUGUAUGUUGACUGCCGAUUGGUUGAUUCCAGCGAAGACCUGCCGCCGCUUGUGCCUUUGCCCCGAGAUGCUGACCUGGUGGAGGUUCGACACGGACAGAAGGCCUACACCCGCCUGCAGGGUGCAGUGGAAUCUCUCAAAGUGGCUCUAGGGGGCAGUGUUGCUAAGGCUGGAGCUUUGAUAGAUUGUCCUUUUCAAGGAGACUCAUCAAACUACAACACAGUGAACGGUGACGUAAACUCCAUCUUGGGUGACCACACCAAGGCUCUGAUUGGACAACUGAUCAUCUUCAACCAGAUCCUGGGAGAACUCAGACAGGACAUCAGAGAGCAGGUGAAGGAAAUGUCUUUGAUCAGAAACACCAUCCUGGAGUGUCAAAUCUGCGGAUUCCAUGAGCCUCGCUCCCGCUGCCUCCCAAACCCGUGUUUCAAAGGCGUGUCCUGCAUGGACAGUAUGCAGUUCCCUGGUUACAUCUGUGGACCCUGUCCUCCGGGGACCACCGGCAAUGGAACCCACUGUGACGACGUUAAUGAGUGUGAGGCGUGGCCGUGUUUCUCUUCCGAGGCCUGCGUCAACAGCAUCGGUGGCUUCAGCUGUAAACCCUGUCCUCCUGGUCUGUGGGGGGCGCCACUGGUUGGUAGUGGACUGGACUAUGCCAAGACACACAAGCAGGAAUGCUUGGACAUCGAUGAGUGUGUGGACAUUCCCGAGGUCUGUGUACCAAACUCCGUCUGCAUCAACUCUGUGGGCUCAUAUAAGUGUGGAGGCUGUAAACCUGGGUUCCUGGGAAACCAGACAAUGGGCUGCUAUCCCAGGAAGUCCUGCAACACUCUGACCUUUAACCCCUGUGACGCUAACGCCCACUGCGCCAUGGAGCGAAAUGGAGAUGUGUCCUGCAGGUGUAAUGUAGGUUGGGCAGGAAAUGGAAACACUUGCGGAAUGGACACAGAUAUUGAUGGUUAUCCAGAUCGUGCUCUGCCCUGCAUGGACAACAACAAACACUGUAAACAGGACAACUGUGUGUUCACACCAAACUCAGGGCAGGAGGAUGCAGACGGAGACGGCAUCGGAGACCAGUGUGACGAGGAUGCUGAUGGAGAUGGAGUCAAGAAUGUGGAGGACAACUGCCGCCUGGUUCCAAACAAAGACCAGCAAAACUCGGACAGCGACUCUUUUGGAGACGCUUGUGACAACUGUCCCAACGUUCCCAACAACGACCAGAGAGACACUGACGUGAACGGUCAAGGGGAUGCCUGUGACCUGGACAUUGACGGAGACGGUAUCCCAAAUGUCAUUGAUAACUGUGCAAAGGUUCCAAACCCGAUGCAGACGGACAGAGAUAGGGACGGCGUUGGAGACGCCUGUGACAGCUGUCCAGAGCUCAGUGACCCUACGCAGACAGAUGUGGACAACGACCUGGUGGGAGACGCGUGUGAUACCAACCAGGACAUGGACGGAGAUGGUCUCCAGGACAGCAGGGACAACUGUCCCGACCUCCCCAACAGCUCACAGCUGGAUUCUGACAAUGAUGGCCUUGGAGAUGACUGCGAUCAUGACGAUGACAACGAUGGUGUCCUGGAUGACCACGAUAACUGUCGACUGGUCGUUAAUCCCAACCAGAAAGACUCUGACAUGAACGGCGUGGGAGACGUCUGUGAAGACGACUUUGACAACGACGCCGUGUUGGAUACGUUUGACGUAUGUCCAGAAAGUGCUGAGGUCACCCUGACGGACUUCAGAGCCUAUCAGACUGUGGUGCUGGACCCGGAGGGUGAUGCACAGAUCGAUCCCAACUGGGUGGUUCUGAAUCGGGGUAUGGAGAUUGUCCAGACCAUGAACAGUGACCCGGGUCUCGCUGUUGGUUACACGUCGUUCAAUGGCGUUGACUUCGAAGGAACAUUUCACAUCAACACAGUGACAGACGACGACUACGUGGGCUUCAUCUUUGGCUACCAGGACUCGUCCAGUUUUUAUGUGGUGAUGUGGAAGCAGACGGAGCAGGCGUACUGGCAGUCCACUCCCUUUAGAGCGGUGGCCCAACCUGCCCUGCAGCUCAAGGCAGUGAAGUCUCAAACCGGUCCUGGUGAGUACCUGAGGAAUGCUCUCUGGCAUACAGGAAACACACCUGGGGAGGUCACGCUGCUCUGGAAAGAUCCACGGAACAUGGGCUGGAAGGACAAGACCUCGUACCGCUGGCAGCUGAGCCACAGGCCGCAGGUUGGAUACAUCAGGGUGAAGCUGUUCGAGGGGUCGGACAUGGUGGCUGACUCUGGCGUUGUCAUUGACACGACCAUGAGGGGUGGACGACUUGGAGUCUUCUGUUUCUCACAGGAAAACAUCAUCUGGUCCAACCUGCGCUACAGGUGCAAUGACACAGUUCCUGCAGAUUUUGCGACUCAUCGUAAACAGAUCCUGAUGCACAUUCAGGUCUGAUGUCGCCACGCUAUGCUAACCACGUUAGCAACAACAACUGCGCUCAUCCAUCGCCACAAAAGGAGAAGCAGCAGAAAUCUCUGGACGGUUUACACUCGCAGACACUGAGUCACAGUGAUGUCAUCACCAUGAAACGUGACAUCAUUUACAAUGAAUUAUGAUCCAGAAAAAAAUCCAGGACCAAAACGGAUCAGACCCUAGACCAGAAACUCGAGGACAAAACUGAACCAGAGCCUUGAAACUUCUUUAAGCCACAGCCAAACUCUGGACCAGUGACAGAGUUAAAACCAGAAACUGGACCCGAACCUGGACCCCGAGCAGGCGCCCUUCCCUACAGAAUCCCCGAUUAAAUGAGACGUGAAGAAACAGUUUUUUUCUUUUCAUUUUUGGAAGUUAUUUUGGUCUUCCUGAUCUGAGCAGUCAUCACCAUCCGGCCUUUGAUCAAACCUCAGGAUCUGAUCACAUGAUGAAGACACAUCGCCCUCCUUAUCAAUCAUGAGCUAACAACAUACUUCAUGUUUGUUCACCCAAAUAAAAAAAAUGACUUCAACGUGGCUCCAGGCCCAGGGUUAUUUUUCUGAUCUUCUGUUUGGUGGUGGCGGACACAGGUGGAGGUUCCAUGGUGGGGUCAGAGGGAGUGGGUGUGGUUAAUGCAGUCCAGGCUUAAGUACAGAGCAGUUAUUCUAUUCACAGAAUGUAAUGCUAACUGAUGAGCUAAACACUGAUGUAACUCACUCUUCUUUAACAGAAUCAGUAAAAAUUCGGAGAAAACGUCAUGGAUUUGAUGCUGUUGUAGUUUUAUCCUGUUGGUGAAUGUUUCUUUAAAAAAUCAUGUUUUUAUUGAUAUUGAAAUUUUGUUUUUGCUUCCAGGUCCAGUGUGAGGUCAUGUUUGACUCAGUGGGAACAUUUCGCAGGUUUUCAGUGAGUAAGAGAGUAUUUUUAAGGUUUACAAUUUAGUUUGGAAUUAGGAUCAAAUUAGAGUUAGGAAAAGGAUUAGGACUGGACAUAUAAAUCUACAGUACGGAGGUGGGAAUGCUGUACAUCGAUGGCGUGCUAACAAAAUACGAAAAAGCCAUGUGUAUGUGUGUGUGCGUGUAUGUUUCUGGCCAUGAAUGUGUGUGUGUGGGUCACGCAGCAGCAGCUGUUGGUGAUUUAUUUAGAAACGUCUGACGCUCUCAGUCAGCUGUGAAGACACCAUGAGGCGAAGACCAGAACCAGUAAGAAGGCACAGCAGAGACCGGGACAGUCCUGGACCAGUUCUUUACUGAGACAUGGAGAUUUCUCAAUGACCUCCUGGACCAGGUCCUGAAGAAACCUGAAAAUCUGAGUGACCUGGAGAAGGCCCUGAAAAGUCUUUGGAGAACCCUGGAACCUGUAGUGUGAUCAUGGAUGGAUUCUGAUCGUGAACCUCCAAGUCUGAGGAUGAAACCUGUGGGGGGUGUUAAGGGACACAUACUACCAUGGAAACGCUGCAUUCUGUUGACACUGCUGCUGCUGCCAUUAAGCUUCACUGAAGCUGCAGCUUCCUGUCGUAUCCUGAGGUGCAACUCGGACUUUGUUGCAGCAACGCUGGAUCUGGGUGGUGGCGUUGGUGUUGGAGGAGGCGGGGCCGUAGGUGGGAUGGGAGGUGGAGGUGGAGCCCCUAUAAGCAGGGCAGCAAUGAAUGCUGGGUACUGCAGCGCUCUGCGAUCCUACGCCACUUGCACCAGGAGGAUGGCCCGGGCGUGUCGUGGUGACCUGGCCUACCACUCG